GAUUUGCCUCUUUUCUCCGCUUUAGUUCCCUUCAGCAUCUCUGUGAACGUUUUCCUUUUGGGGGUCGGGGGGGAAAUAAUACAAUCAGCGACACAAACUAGAAGGCAAGGGGUUAUUUAUAAUGGUCAGAUAGGGAGGAGAUUUCGGGGUGGAGGGGAGGUCAGAUAUAAUAUUUCAGGUGCUGGUGAGCCCAUUGGUCUGUGAGAAAAUCAACUUCCAUAAAGAGAAAGAUGGGGUUUCCUCAGCCUUUGGGGAAUGCAAUAUAUACCAACUUAUAAUGCCAAAACUGAGCCUCUCCCCAAAUCUCUCACUCCGUUCUGUUUCCAUCUCCAGCCAAAAGGUUUGAAGCCAAACAAACGUCAACAUGUCAGAGAAAAAGAUGUCUUCGAGUCGCAAGCAUCAUCUGAAGAGUUUGAUGCUGGCCAUCGCCAAAGGUUUACUGGAAGAGGAGGAGAGGGAACAAGAGGAGGAGAGGACGAGGUACAUGGCUGAGAACUGCCCUCAUCUGUCUAUGCCCAGGAGCAUGCAGGAGCUGCAGGAGCUGUGCAGGGAGAUCAACCACAAGAUCGACGUGAUCGAUGAGGAGAGAUACGACCUGGAGAUGAAAGUCAACAAGUCCAACAAGGAGAUCGACGACCUGAAGAUCAAAGUUCAGGAUCUCAUGGGCAAAUUCAAGAAGCCCGUCCUGAGGAAAGUGCGUAUGUCCGCUGACGCCAUGCUGAAGGCUCUGCUGGGCUCCAAACACACGGUCAACCUGGACCUGAGGGCCAACCUGAAGCAGGUCAAGAAGGAGGUGAAAGAAGAGGAUAAGGAACUGCGUGACGUCGGUGACUGGCGUAAAAACAUUGAAGACAAAUCCGGUAUGGAUGGGAGGAAGAAGAUGUUCGAGGCCGAGGCUUAAAUCAGUGUCUUAAUAAACCUGCAGUAUUUAUAGUCUGUUUUUCAUGGGCUGGUUUGGAC